AUGCGGCCGAUCGAGCACUCGCCGCCGCGGCGCCUCCUGCUUCGUGUCCUGUCCUCGGACGUUAAAGAGAACAAUGUCCCUCCCUCCUCCUCACCACCUUUUAUGUACGUGAAAACCGUGCUGGUGUCCCCCGUCUCGGUCUUCUCUUCUCCAUACGAAACACGCCCGAGUUUUUCCAACCUUCCCUCGCCGCUCACGGAUCCCUUUCCUCAGUACGCCCCCCCCCGGGCCGUCAUUUCCCAGUUUGUGUGUGCGCACCGGAUUGUUCCUUCCCGAAGGGAGGACUUUGCGUUUGUCCUUAUUGAGUUUCAUCCAGUUAACUUCACACCAGGACUCUGGAUCAUUUUGAAUUUUAAUCCCAUCCUGCAAAGCACUCGCAACCCCUCUGUAACAGUGUCGGGACUCGCCACCACAGCGCCUCCCGCUGGUUACCCCCAGGCUACUUACCCCUCCGCCCCAUACCCCAGUCCCCACCCCGCCCCCCCAGUCCCCACCCCAGGAUUCAACAUCUACCCCUCCUCCAAUCCGGGUGCGGGGCCGCUGGUCCAGCCCCAGUCCCCGCCCCAGGCAUACGGGGACCCCGCCGCUCAACAGCCCCACCCGGCCAUCACGCCCUAUCUGCCCGUGUCCACCGGCAUCCCCCCGGGGCUGGAGUAUCUAAUGCAGAUCGACCAGGUUCUGAUCCAGCAGAAAGUGGAGCUGGUGGAAGCCUUCGUCGGCUUCGAGACGGCCAACAAGUACGAGCUGCGGGACGGGCUGGGCCGGCGGCUCUUCGAGGCCGAGGAGCAGAGCGACUGCUGCACCCGCAACUGCUGCGGGUCCCUGCGGCGCCUCCGGCUGAGCGUGGCCGAGCCGGGGGGCCGCCCCGUGCUGCGCCUCCUGCGCCCCCUCAAGUGCGCCACCUGCUGGUGCCCCUGCUGCCUGCAGGAGCUGGAGGUGCAGUGCCCCCCGGGCACCACCAUCGGGCACGUGGUGCAGACCUGGCACCCCUUCACCCCCAAGUUCUCCGUCCAGGACGCCGAGAAGCAGACGGUGCUGCGGGUGCUCGGGCCCUGCUGCGUCUUUCGCUGCGGGGGGGACGUCAACUUCGAGGUGAAGACGAGCGAUGAGUCGCGGGGUGUGGGCCGGAUCAGUAAGCAGUGGGGGGGGCUGCUGAAGGAGGUCUUCACCGACACCGACGUCUUCGGCAUCCAGUUCCCCGUGGACCUGGACGUCAAGAUGAAGGCCGUGCUGCUGGGGGCCUGCUUCCUCAUCGAUUACAUGUUCUUCGAGAAAUCAGGCACCACCAGCCAGAGGAGCACGGUGCUGAGCAGCUAGAGGCGUCCGGACCCCCGCACCUCCCACACGCUGCCACUUACGGGGACCCCCAUCCCACCGCUGACACCAACAGGGGCCCUCCCAUCCCAUCUCUGACACCAACGAGGGGUCUUUAUGAAUAGGACAGCGUGUUUAUGGCCGUCAGGGCUGGCGUGGGUGUCAGGGCACUGAGACUGUUUGCAGAGGUGGCAAGGAGGCCUGCGGGUGUGGAUGCAUCCCGUGCCGUGGGGCUCGGUGGACAGUGUUGUGUGCACAUCAUUGGUUGUAUCUGAAAAACAUCAAGCCCUGGGUCUUCUCCCACCAAGGCAUCUUUAGGACCUUCACCCAGACAGGAAACUCUGGCCUCCAUUGGCCGCCAGAUUCCUGGGGUCUUCAUAUCUCCUGCCCCCCACCAUGCUGGGAGCCCCUCCCUGUUGGCUGAGGCGGGGGGGGGCGUCCCUUCAACACCGAGCCGGUGGUGGCAACAUCCCGAAGCCAAAUCUCUGCCUACUGAUAUUUCUCAUUUCUGUAUUUUGUGUAUUUAUCGCUUAUAACAAAAGUGUCUUGCGCUGAACCUUAAAGGGGGCUUUGUGGGGGGAGCAACAUGGUGCUUUUUAAUAGGGUUCCCCCCCACCCCACCCCGGUUCCCCUGAAUUCCUGAUGCUGAUGGAGGGACAUCUAGCCACGGUGGAGGAAUGGUAGGCGUGGCUUGACCCACGGAGGAGCUGUGGCCAGCGUGAAGUCAUGCCAACCCACGGUGGAGUCAUGUGGGCCAUGAUGGAUGGAAGCCAACCCAAGCUGGAGGGCCAUUGGCCACGAUGGAUGGAAGCCAACCCGAGAUGGAGGGCCGUUGGCCACGAUGGAUGGAAGCCAACCCGAGAUGGAGGACCAUUGGCCAUGAUGGAUGGAAGCCAACCCGAGAUGGAGGGCCGUUGGCCAUGAUGGAUGGAAACCAACCCAAGAUGGAGGGCUAUUGGCCAAGAUGGAUUGAAGCCAACUCAAGGAGGAGGACCGUUGGCUAAGAUAGUCAUGCCAAUCGUGGAGGCACGUUGACCAAGAUGGAGUCAAGCCAACCCCAGAUGGAGACAUAUUGGCCAAGGUGAGAGAAGACAAUCUUGGGCCACUCUACUGUGUCUUUCUUUCGUGGGGGGAGGAGACUGGAGGGAAGGUGAGAGGAAGGGGAAACUCCCCCCACCCCCCAGGCAGGAGAGGAGGGGAUUGGACCUCAUGUCGCGACGGAUGGUUUUGCUGGGUGUUCCUCCACGGGGAACCGAAAACAAUAAAAGGUUAAGACGC